AAUUAAAAUCAGGACGGUCUUUAGAAAAGUUUUUGAAUUUAUAAACACUUAUAAUGGAUUAAAAUGAAUUAUAUACAUUACAUGAAUUUCCAAAAUUAGAAUUUUUGGAAUUUUUUAGUGCAACAAAAAAUAAUUUUGCAGUUUUGGAUGAUUUUUUAAUUUAAUGUUAAAAUAAAUUUCCAAAUUUGAUUAAUUUAAAUCUAUUUAAAAAUCCUUUAUGUCCUCCUUUUUAUUAACAUUAGGAAAAUUAUCAUAUAUAUAGAUAAUAAGUUGUAAAAGCACUCACAAAAAUAAAAAUAUUAGAUGGAAUUCCAGUUUCAAAUAAAGACUUUUAGCCAUUUUAAGGAGAUGUUAUUGCUAAAUAAGAAAAUAUUAAUGCUUUUUAAUAACAAGUUAAAAAGCCAGUAAUAAAAUAAUAAUAUAUUGACGAUAAUGAAGAGGCUAAAGGAGUAGUUGAAUAUAAUGAAAAAUAUACGAAGGUUAAUGCUAAUAGAAAUAUUUUAAAAGGCACUAGUUAAGGAAAUAAGCACAUUCCUAAUGAUAAGCUUUGA